AGYUGGUCCCACCGUUGAACCAGCCUCUCCACGUGCAAGAUUCAAGCGUAUGCGCGGCAGUUCCACCGUCGGACAACGAACCGGUCGCUUCGUCGGCCCUUCUAUCAGAGGAUCCGUCAACUUGGAUGAGACUUGAGGAUCUCGAUCCGUUGACGGUUGAGGACUUCCAAUGGUUGCCUCUUCCCUCCACCGGUUCCUUGCCAACUCCGCAUUGCAAUGCCCUAAUGGCACAUCUAYGCGAAUACUUGCACGCUGCAGUACCACCUACGUCGACGRAYGACGGAGUAGCGGUUGUUGAUCUUUGUAAYUAUCUUGCGAAGAUCGACCGCGAGUACGCAAYGCAACAGUACGCCGACAACGACGCGCCGCUCCUCUACAUCCGYAUUCAGAUCGGAAAGGCGACCUGCAGUGCCUUGAUCGAUUGUGUAGCGACUCGCAACUACAUCAGCCAAGACUUCAUGGCACGCGCCGGGCUCGGCCCGCGCGUUCGAAGGAAAAGUCAGCCUAYGCACGUCACGUUGGCCGAUGGUCACACGCAAAAGUCAAUUGACCGAUGCGUUGACUCGGUGCCCGUGUACUUUGCCCCGCUAGCAAGCGAGGCCGUGUCUUUUGACAUAUUGGACMCCAAGUUCGAUAUGAUYCUAGGCAUGUCAUGGCUGCAAAGCAAAGACCACCCGGUGAACUUCCAUYGCCGCACCGUUCACGUUCGUGAUCGGCGUGGUGAACUAGUCCCGUGUACGGUGYCGCUUYSUCAUCCUUCGAUUGGUUGUCACGUGGUAUCCGCGGGGAGCAUUCGCCAAUCCAUCCGACGGGAYGACAUCGAGGAGAUGGCCAUAUGUUUUCUUCACGCCCUCCCACSCGGUGAUCAGCCCAAGACGGACACGUCGAACCCACGCAUCAUUGAGCUGUUGGACARCUAUGAGGAUGUCUUUCAAGCUCCCGUCGGAGUCAUACYGGAUCGGCCCAUACGCCACGGGAUCACUCUCGAGGAYGGCGCCGUACCUCCGCGCGGAUGUAUCUACCGCAUGAUCGAAGAGGAACUACAAGUGCUUCGGGCACAACUASACGACCUUUUGGCCAAGGGCUGGAUUCGCCCUAGCUGUUCGCCAUACGGUGCUCCCGUUCUCUUCAUCCGGAAGAAGAACAAGGACCUAKGKUUGUGCAUCGACUAUCGUAAACUCRAUGCACAAACGAUCAAGAACGCCGGCCCUCUCCCUCGGAUCGAUGAUCUUCUYGACUUACUCAGCGGCGCCAAGUACUUCUYGAAGCUUGACCUCAAGUCCGGUUAUCACCAGAUCGAGAUUCAGCCAAGAGAUCRGUACAAAACCGCUUUCAAGACGCGGUAUGGGCACUUUGAGUGGAUCGUCAUGCCUUUCGGUCUCACCAAUGCCCCGGCUACUUUCCAAGCGGCUAUGAUGACGGAAUUCCGCGACUUACUCGACCGCUCCGUACUCGUUUACCUCGAUGACAUCUUGGUUUAUAUUCGGUCGCUGGACGAGCAUCUCGAGCACCUUCGCGCCGUAUUGGAGCGGCUUCGUAUCGCCAAGUACAAGGCGAACCGCGACAAGUGCGAGUUUGCCCAGCAAGAGCUGGAGUACUUGGGCCAUUAGAUCACGCCGCAAGGCAUUCGUCUGCUCGCGGACAAGUUACAAGCUAUUCAAGAUU